CACUCCUACGCCUGCUUGGUCUCGGCGUCCGCUCGCGUCACCCGCACUUGCGCGCCCAGCGCGCGCCUUGCAUCUACCGCCCGUCUUCCGCGCGUCCUUGUCACUUCCGCGAGGGCCGCGCACGCCCAGUCCUCUUGCACUAAUCUCGCACUCGCCUGCCCGCUUGCGCGUGCCUCCCAGCACCUUGCGCCUAUGCGGGUUAUCGCUCGUCACGCACCCGCGUAUGCCCCUCACGGUCCGCGUGGACAAUUCGCUCGCCCAAUCGUGCGCAUCAAUGGCCGAUGCGCACCCUUUGCAUUUUAGCUUCUUACUAGCUUUGCCAAUGCUAACUUCCACUUCCGUAUCAACCGCCUUCUCCGCGUGUGCGUGCCUGUCCGGCCGACACGUAGAAAAAAACAGAACUCAAUCUCGAGUUAAAACGAGCCUAAACGAGCAAAAAUCGUAUAGUCGUGCAGUGCAGAUUUCAUCGCCGCAGCCACGACACUUUCUUUACCGCGGGCCGCGGCGAACAAAAUUUGCCAGGUCCCAAAAAUUCAGUACAGAAAUCCCGCGGCCUCGGAGCAAGUCGCGGCCGCGGAGCUGUUCUUCACCGCGGCCAGCAGAGCUUCCCCGCGGCCGCGGAAGUCGCGAAAAACCAGAUUUUAAACGUAUGAGUCCAACAAGUUUAACGAGAAGCACGACUAUUCUUGAUUUUAUAGAAUCCAAAGCAGCUCGUGAAAAAGAGGCCGCCUACAAUGAAAAACUUGAUUGGGCUCUCGCUCUUUUGCAAUCUCAGGCAGCCCGUAGGAGCACUCUUGAGGGCGAGAUCGCGAACUUAGCGGAGCGCAUUCAAUUUAUAGAGGAUCGAGUUUUGUCUCCCGAGUCCAUCAUGCAAGACGAGUUUACAUAUAUGGGUGGACUCCGAGAGGAUACCUUCACGAGCGAUGAAAAAAUUGACCUCAUCCUUGCUCAUGUGGCGGCCCAAGCAACUCGACUAGAGGAGAUUGAGGCUCCAAGUCUUGCGCCUCAUGUCUCUCACGCACGCCGCCUCACUCACGCCGCCCUCGGCUAUCCUAUUCCUUGGCGCGCGAAACAUCGCGCGCCUUGCCGGCCUCGCACGUGCACGCCCAUGCCUCGCCUAGUCCCGCGCGGACUAGGCUUCGUCCGUCUGCCUCGCAUGCGCACGUCAUUCCUACUCCUUGUAGGACCAUGCCUCGGGCCCAUAUCCCCUAUUCCUAUUCCUACUAGGAAUAGGCUCUCGGUUACGUUUCCUGAUCUUCCGAGGAUUACUUCCGUCACCAAUCUCCCACGCGCAUUCCGGCACUUAACUGCUAUUCCUAUUCCUGCGAGGAUUAGUAUUCGCGCCUUGCCUAUUCCUACGAGGAUUAGGCAUGCCGCCUCGUUCCUGCAUUUCCCGCGCACGCCACCGGCUCCUGCUUCGCCCGCACAACUGCCUUGCGCCUCGUACGUCUCCCCAGCGUCCGAGGCCCGCCCUUCGACACCACCGUUGUCAACCGUGCAUCCAGCGUGCGUCGCGUCUUUGCCGCCCGACGCCCGCACGUCACCACCAACUCCCGUUGUCCGUUUUUUCGUCGCUGGUGCAUCAUCAUCGGUCGUGCUCAUGCGUUCAUCGUCUCGUUCCGUCCAACCGCACGCAUCAAGGGCCGAUGCGCGCCACUCGCCCACUAGCCGAUCACCGCCGACCUUCUUGUCACAGGGGUACGGAACCCACUUCCGUAUCAUUCCCCUCCUCUUCGAGACUUUCCUUGUCCUCAAGGAUCUAUCCACGACCAUCCACCCAUCCACACCGUAUUGUGCGUACGCCUCCUCCUCAUGGCCCGCUUCGACUCCUUCGGCCUCGAUCAAAACUUCCCCUUUGACAUCGCCCAUCGCCUCGUCUACAUCCUCGUCC